CGCCCUAUCAGCGGCGGCAGCCGGGCCCUGCUCGGCAGGAGGCCACGCCCCUUUAGAACGUUCAGCGGUUUUGAUACAUUUUCAGGUUCCAUUGAGAAAAACACGCGCGCGCGCCCGCCCGCCCGCGCUCCCUCCCAAGCCUCCUUCGGGAAUCGGAGGCAGCGGGAGCCGGGACCGAAGAGGGAGCAGCAGCAGCAACAGCCGCCGCUCGGUGACCGGGUCGCCAACAGGGGACGUCGCAGGAGGGAAGGAGCAGGCGGCGAGGGCGAGGAGGGCAACGACGGGGCCGCCGGGCGAGCAGCCCUCCUGCCGGCCAGCUCGCCCGCCGCCCAGCCCUGGGAGCGCCGCGUGGGCAUGAGAGCCGCCGCGCGCCGGCCGCCCCCCGCCGACCUGCCUCUACAGCCGCCGCCGCCGCCGGAGGGAGACGCCGCCGCCCCGCGAUGUCCAGGAGGAAGCAGAGCACGCCCCGGCAGAUCAAACGCACUUUUGGUGAGAUGGAGGAAGGGGACGAAACUCCUUUGGAGGACCACAGCCUUUCAGAAAAGGAGGGAGGGGCUUCUGACCACGAAGGCUCCGUGGAAGGCGAGUUGUCCGGCUCCCCUUGCAGCGAAAAGGCUGAGCUCAAAGAGAAUUUGGAGAGUCCAAAGGAGCCUGAUAAGCAAGAGGUUCCAGAAAAGCCCCAGGAGCCGAAGCUAUGGAACGGGCCAGCCAAACCCACCUGUGACCCUGAUGCUGGAAGAUGACAGUUGCUGGCUGUCAAAGCUGCCUUUGGUUUCUGGAGAAGGCGAUGCCAAUUCAGUGAUCUACAAGAAGGAUGAUUUCAUCUGGUGCAAAACCACAAAAGCCAUCUCCGAAGGGGACGCACUGAGCGCUUUUGUCAUGGCUGAGCCGAAGGGGAUCCCCAACCACACCGUGAAGACUGAGCCCGGGGGGUCUUCAUACCCAGCGGCUCUGGCCCCCGAAAUCCAGCUUCUGCCACAGCAAGCAGGCAUGGCAGCCAUCUUAGCCACAGCGGUUGUGAACAAGGAUGUUUUUCCCUGCAAGGACUGUGGCAUCUGGUACCGGAGCGAGCGGAACUUGCAGGCCCAUUUGACGUACUAUUGCGCCAGCCGUCAGAACGCCACAUCGCCCACGGUAGACGAGAAGCCCAAGGAGGCCUAUCCGAAUGAGCGCAUCUGCCCCUUCCCACAGUGUAAAAAGAGCUGUCCCAGCGCCAGUUCCUUGGAGAUCCACAUGCGGAGCCACAGUGGAGAGAGGCCAUUUGUUUGCCUCAUCUGCCACUCCGCCUUCACCACCAAAGCCAACUGUGAGCGCCACCUGAAGGUCCACACAGACACACUGAACGGCAUCUGCCACAGCUGCGGUUUCAUCUCCACCACCAGGGACAUCCUCUACAGUCACCUGGUCACAAAUCAUAUGAUCUGCCAGCCAGGCUCCAAGGGGGAGGUCUAUUCCCAAGGCACUGCCAUUCCUGGCCCUGCCGCCAAACCACUUGCCCCAGGUUUGAGCACGCCAGGCCCAAUCUCUGCCUUUAAGUGCAGCUUCUGUGGCUAUGCGGCCGAUUCCUUGCCUAGCCUCCAACAGCAUGUGGUUUUGCACAGCGCUGCCGUACUGCCAGGCUUAGAGCCCAAAGUUGCCCAGAACCAGCCAGAUGCCCCUGCCAAACCAGCGAUUCAGGGCAUGGCCGCAUCUCCUGCAGAGGAAGCAGUGAAUGGCUCCCCUCCCCGAGAAAGAGGCUCUUCUGCCAUGCUGGUUGAUGGGGUGCCGCCGGUGCGGAUCAAGGAGGAGCCUGUUGAUGAAGGGGAAGUCCUCAAGGGCACCUCCCAGGCAGUGACAGCUGCUGGUCCUGAGCAGGAGCCAGACCCCUCCUCUCCACACAGCCUGCAUUCUGUGAAGGUGAAGUCUGAGAUUGCCAGCCCCACGCCUGGCUCCAGCCCAGUGCCACGUGAGCCUGGCUCCAGCACGCCUGGCGGCACGAUCUUUCUGCCCCAGUACAUGUUUGGCCACGAGGCCACGGUGGUGCCACAAGCCUCGGAGAUCCUGGCCAAGAUGUCGGAACUGGUCCACAGCCGCCUGAAGCAAGGCCACGCAGCAGUGCCACCUGUCCUCUUUCCAGGCACUCCGGUGCCCAAGGGUGCCACCUGCUUUGAGUGUGAGAUCACCUUCAACAACAUCAACAACUACUAUGUCCACAAGCGGCUGUACUGCUCCAGCCGCCGUGUGGCGGAAGAGAGCCCCGCCGGCCCUCACAAGCUGAAGGCGGCUCCCUCGGCCACCCCCAAAGGCCCACCCGCACCUGGGGACCUCCUCUCACCCCCGCUGCCUGGAGAUAGCAAGGCGAUGCAGGAGGGGGAGGCUGAGGGGGGUACCAGCCCGCUUGGGGUCUCAGAGGUCAAGCAAGAGAUCAAGGUGGAGGAGGGCGGAGCUAAAGCAAGCCCCUCCCCUGAGGCUGAUGGGGCAGGGCGCCUCAGUGAGGACAGCCGGAGCCCUGGGGGCAGCUCCGUAGAGGAGCCCGAUGACGACCCCAGCAGGACAGUGUGCGAAGCCUGCAACAUCCGCUUCAGCCGCCACGAGACGUACAUGGUGCACAAGCGCUAUUACUGUGCCUCCCGCCAUGACCCGCCAUUGCGCCGGACCGGCACAGCUGGCAAAGUGCCCUUCCUCCCCCAGCCGAUCCGCACCCGCAAGCGGCGCAAGCUGUACGAGAUCCACAACGCCACCACCCAACUCAGCAGGGCCCCCGAUGUCCCAAACCCCGAAGUGACCCCCGCAGUCCCAGCUCUCAUUUCCGUGGUCAAGACGGCCCCCUCGCCUAGCUCAAGCCCUGAUGCGGAUGGCCCCAUUGACCUGAGCAAGAAACCCCGCCUCCAUGGUGGGGCAGAAGUGCUCCCAGCCUCCCUUCUGCCUCUGGCGGACUAUCACGAGUGCACGGCCUGCCGCAUCAGCUUUCACAGCCUGGACAGCUACCUGGCCCACAAGAAGUACUACUGCCCGGCCACGCCCUUGCAGCCCAGCACGCUGGAGCAGCUCCAGAAGAUCAAGGGAGCCGUCCCUGCCCUUCUGAAACCGCAGGGCAGCCCCGAAGGGCCGAGCGAUGAACCCGAAGGGGUGCCGGUCAAAGUGGAGAAGGUGGUCCCUUCCUUGAGCCCUGCGGCACCCCCGGCCACCUUUCCUGGCGUGGACUCCCUUCAGCAGCGCUACUUGGAUGCCAAAGCCCUGCACCUCCAAGGUGCCAAGGUGCCCCUGGCGGUGUGCCCCUAUUGCCCGCUCAAUGGGGCCAUUAAGGGGGACUUAGUGGAGCACUUCCGCAACGCCCACGGCCUCUUUGUUGCCAAAACGGUGGCUGGUGCCACAUUGGUAGAGGCCACCCGGACGCUGGCCGAGGGCAGCCUGCUGCCCCCUGCCUCCCCGCCCCAGCCCCUCCCCAGGCUGCGUAAGGACAGCUUCAACGGCAAGGAGGCACCCACCCCUUCCGUGUCUAAUGGGAGUCCACGCCUGACAGUUUCCCCCCAACCUCUUCUCCCUGUCUCCCCUUCCAUCCCCUUGACCAUCUCCCCCUUGCCCGAGGCAACCCCCAGCGCACCCCCCGGGUACACGGACAAAAGUGUGCAGACCCCGCUUGGGAAAGGGCCUCCUGCCCCCAUCGCCAACGGCAACCACAGGUACUGCCGCCUGUGCAACAUCAAGUUCAGCAGCCUGUCAACCUUCAUUGCCCACAAAAAGUACUACUGCUCCUCCCACGCUGCCGAACACGUCAAGUAGUGCCUGGUCUGAGCCUGCGUCGUGUCCGCCUGCCCGGAAGCACUGCCUCUGGCUGCUCCUAGCUGGCUGUGGGCUUGGGAGCAUCCCGUCAAGAUGGACUCUUCUGCCGCUGAGAGCUUUCUGGGCCCUCAGCUGUGGAACUGGGGAAGGGUUGCCUUUGCACGAGGGGAAGGGGCUCUCCCUUCGGCACUAGUGGAGCCCCAGAGAGAGACAGCCAAGUUGCAUGCAGGGACGGGGAGGCAUUGAUGGCCCUCUGGAUGUUCAGCAGGUUGGAGGAAGGUGUGGGGAGGUCUCCCUUACAAGGCUCACCAGCGAAGCCCCUCCUCUCCUUCCUGCCCCUGAUGAGAAUUCAGGUAUCAUUCUUGCGCGCACACCCCACGCACACUUUUUCAUCUGGGGAGUGGGAGGACAGCUUGGGGGGGAAGCUCCUCUCCUGCUGUUCUCCAGCCUGACUUGUCAAGAGUUAAUUGACCCGGAACCGUAGCGGUUGUAGGAUGUCCGAAUGGGCGGCAGCUGCACCAGUGACAUCCUGGGGCAAAUUGCCAGGUCACCAGCUUCUGAAUGGGAGCCUCCCUCCAGCCCCGGUCAAUCCCUGCGGUGGCUCCUUUGUUUUGGCAGAGUGUCAGAGGCCCCUGUGGCCUCGCUCCUCUGCGUUCCUCCCAAGUUCUGGUGACUUUUCACCAUCAGCUGUGUUCUUGUAAAGUUUAGGCCCCUCCCAUUUCCAGAGAGAUGCUCUAACCAAGUGCAAGAGGCAUCUGUGACCUGUUUGUCAGGGCUCCAUUCUUCAGCCAGGGCUCAUGGCAGCAGCUUUUCUCCCUCCUUUUUUCUUUUUCUUUUGGAGUAUGAAGUCAAAAUGAUGAAGCAGCUACUCCUGAGCAUGUACAGAGUACAUAUUCCUCAGCCAAAAGUAAACUGCUGUGCGCCCGGGAGCAGGGGUUCUAAGAGAGAGAAAGGUUGUGACUGCUUAGAAACAAGUUUGCAAAGAUCUCCAGCGGAGUACAGGGGUUUUGGUGCAAAACAAGAAGCUACCAUAAAUAUUGAUAAUGAUGAGUUUUCUCCCUUAUUCUUUCGCUUGUUGGAAUGUUUUCACAAAGGUCAGAUUUAUCUCUCACCGUUGUUUAAAAUUACUUCCUGAAAUAAAGUUGUUUUCUCUUUAAAAUGGAGUGUGAAAUGCAAAUCUGACCCCCUUUUGUGGGGAAACGGGCAGAGGAGAACCGCUGUCCCUCCAAAAGGACUGAGCUUUUCCCCUUCUGCCACCUGCCUCAUUUUCCAUCUCUCUUCUUCUUUUUGGCCCCUUGACUCCUCCAGUCUGUCCCCUAAGCUCACUUUCUGCCCCGAACCCUCCAGCUCACAACAAGACUCCAAAGACUGCCAAAGCGGGCCAAAAAUCCCCAAACUAUUCUUUUCUGGGCACCCAUAACGAAUUUCACAUCAAAAAGCUCCUAAACCUUUCUUUUUUUUUAGAAACCCGUAAGGAAUUUGGGCAAACCAGCAGAUAGCAAACCACUUUCUCUCUCCCUGCCGCUCUGCACUGUCACCUUUCAUCAGCCUAGUGGCUUGUGAGAGGUGAGAGAGGACACACUCAGCAGUGAAGGAACUAUUCUCUGUGUAUGCUCAAGAGAGACCCUGAUUUUGUGACAUCCCUUGAUGUCUGAAAAACUUUUGGGGCUAAACAGUGGGUCAGAGAAGCUGUUACUGAUGCCGUCAGCAACAUCUAGCUAUUGGGCACAUUGUUUUUCCAUCGGAUGGGUCCCCACAUCCUUCCAGGGUGGUGGUGAGGGGGCAUCACAUGCCCCACCGCUGAUGGAUGCAGCGUCCCUGGAGUUUGCAAGGGAGGGAUUGCUGGGAGUGGCUGGUGAUGGUGGAAUGAUAUGCAGGCAUCUGGUGUGUCCUGAAAGCAACCGGCUUAGCUUGUGUAGCUGUCUAUCGAGAGAGAGAGAGAGAGAGAGCUUUGCCAACUGCACCAGAAAGGCUCACAGCCCAACUAAUGCACCUGGGUUUAAUUCCACUUUGGUGGACAUACAGUAUAUACUCAGUGGUGUUGUGCAAAGAGUAGGGCUGGGCUGCAGUUCACUGACCAGAUGGAAAGCUCCUUUGUGGGACAGCCAUGCUCAUCCCAGAACUCUUCCCACCCACCCACCUGUUUUGUCUUGGGAGAAGAGUUCUCUGUUGGCACUUGCCCACUGACACCUUAGGAUAGAGGCAUGAAGGCUCAGGUGGAUUCCUGGGCAUGCCUUGACCAGAAGGCUGGCUCGAAGACCCCUUGCAUGAGGUGGGGUGGGUGUCCAUCAUCCUCUUAUAGCGGAGCAGAGGGGUGCACUUGCGUUGUGUGAGCUGUGGGGUGAGGAGGAGGGGUCCCGCCUUUGAGUGCACCUUUCCUAAAUUGUUGUCCGGUGGGUUUAUGUAGAAUCAGUGUGGACUGGAACUGAAUUGCAAAGGAGACGGCAUUGCAGAGGGACGGCAAAGCCUCUCCACUUGGGAACCUUGUGUAUAAGUGUGUACAUAAAUAAAUGUCUACUAAAUCUGUG